AUGUUUGGGCUUGCUGUCUUCUCUGUUCUGAUUGGCUGUAUUGUGAUUCCUAUCAUCUAUAUUACUACUAAAUGCUUAUAUUUUUUCGUUGGCUAUGGGCGGUCCUUUGGAAGUUGGGAUGAUGAAAGUGAAAGCGAUCUAGACCAAGAUGAGCUGUUAAGAAGACAUGGGUAUGAAAUCGCUGGCAAAAUAGGCCAGGGAACUUACGCUGAUGUGAAAAAAGCUUACUCUAUCAACCUUCAAAAGGAUGUCGCUGUCAAAAUUGUGAGCAAAACUGAGGUAAAAAAUAAUUACAAAGUAGUACAGAUCAUAGUAGUCAGUGCAUGCCAAAUUUUUUUUUUGGAAAAAUGCGAAACUGAUAUCAACCUUUGCUCUUGUAUUCUGACAAAAACUCUCUAUGCCAACAUUAUAUUAACUGUAUAUUGUUUUCUAUAAAAGUAGAAAAACCCUCGCAGCCAAAGCACGAGCAUCGGAGGCUCUCUUUUUUUCUUUAUCUAAUGACCAAUCAGAGCGUGUGUUCUAUUUUCUGAUCCAGUAAAUUGGAUUUCAUAAUUGUUAGUAAAUAAUUCUCUUCCAAGAUUGGCUCAGGAAAAAGUGACAGAUUCUUGAAGAGAGAGAUUGAAAUCCUAAAAUGGCUGAACCAUAAGAACGUUAUUCGAGUGCAUGAUCUUAUCGACGGAAGGCAUCAGUUCUUCAUUAUAAUGGAGCUCGCGUCAAACGGAGAUCUUCUUAAUCUGUUACAUAAACGUACCAAACUGCCUGAAGAUGAGGCUAGAGUUAUCUUUAAAUCUAUUAUGGAUGGUGUACUCCACUGCCACAGAAAGGGUGAGUGUCAUGUAUUUGCCGCAAGUGUACCAGGAUGCUCAGUUUUCAUUUUCAUUUGGCCAGGUAGAGUUCAGCCGAGAGCUGGGUUUGCAAUUCUAAGAACAAGACUCGAUCGAGGGAAGAAGCUUGUUCAAACUUUUAUCUGCAGAGCCGUUAUUAUUUGUAAUGCUUCAUUGUAUUGGUUUAUAGUCUAUUUUAUCAGAAAGUUUAGAAGAUACAUAGAUAUGUCCUUCAGUUUUUCCUUCUUAUCACUGAUUUCUAAAAAAAGAAGAACUAAGAAAUUUUUAGACCGUAUGUCUUAUCUAUUUUGCCAUUUUCACACAAUCAAAUUGGAAAGAGUUGAUAUAUUACUGAAGUCUCCAGAGGUUUUCUACUGCAUCUGACAGUCUAACUCUUCCUUGCUAAGCGACCGAUUUUCUGGUUGUCAUCUGAAUUUUUUGUAUUUAGUCUCGUGACAAAAAUGUUGUUCGUUCAUUUCCUUUUACUAGGAGUAACCCACAGAGAUCUCAAGCUUGAAAACAUUUUACUCUCUGAAGAUAACCAGCCCAUCGUUACCGAUUUUGGUUUUGCGCGGUAUAUCGGAAGCAUCGAGAAUCAAAGAGCGCGAAGUAGAACCUUCUGUGGCUCGUACGCUUACGUGGCACCAGAGAUACUUCAAGGUACUCAUGUUACCCUUGACUGUUAUCUCGUGAUCGCCUAUGGUCCUUUUUUCCUGUUUUUCAGUAACUUUUACCACAGAAAACUACAGUAGAAUCCCGAUUUCUCGAACCCAGUCAGUUUUUCAAACCGUCCAAUAAUUCGAAGGUGAUCAAAGAUGCCUCUAGAUAUUUAUGAUAAAUACAUUUAGCCAGGACAAAAAGCGAAGGAGAAUCAUGGAUCUUGUAACCACUUCGAAGAAAUCUAUCUUGAAUAAAAAAGCUUUCCACACCCGGUAAUUAUGGGUACUUUCAAGAAAUGGCUCCCUAAGGAUUUUACGACAAACUUCGAGUUUUUCCUCUCAGAGGAUUUCCACAUUCAAAAAAGAGGGAACUUUAGGCUCCGAUCAGUGAAAAACUUCAAAACACCAUGAGAUUUUUAUAGGUCGAUACCUGAGCCCGCAAUACGGUCAUAUGAUACUGAUCAGCGGAUACCCCGUUUGACAGCUGUCAAUUGAUCAUAACAUAAAUGUGCAAUAUCAAUCUGCAGGCUGCCACACUAGCUAGAAUUAGAAAGUGUGACUUUUCACCUGGUUUUGGCGAACGGACGUACGGUCACGUGACUACCAAAUUUUCUCUGAUAGAUAGUUUAUUUCACUGGGUUCCCGGAGAAAACGCCACCGGGUUGGCUGACUGGGAUUUUUUCAGCGAGAGGAACUGAAAGAUUUACUCUUUUUGAUGCGAGAUCGAUUACUUGCACCCGCUGAUUUUCAAUACAGUUUAGGCUAUGUGCAUUACCUUCUCAACUGUUGCUUGAGUUGUUGCCUUAGUACAGUGCCUUUGUUCAUGUCACAGGUAUCCCUUAUGAUGGCAUGGCCAGCGAUGUCUGGAGUCUUGGUGUAGUUCUUUACACUAUGGUUUGCGGCAGCUUCCCAUUUGAUGAUUCCGACCCGAAACAUCUUUUGAAGCAAACGACUUCCGGUCAACUGGGAUACCCUGUUACAGCUUUGACUCUCUCUCCUCAGGUACGAUAAAAUUUGUUCACUCUCCAUCAGGACGGAUAAAGCGAGACAAAGUAAACAAGUUAAUUCAGUAAACAUGGUCCCUAACAAAGAUCUCUUCAUAUCUCUUAAGUUCGUUUAGGUCGGAAAAUUACUUUUGCGGGAAAUGCGACAAACGCAAGAAAAUGUAUUUUUCGGAAGUCCAUAAACCCUAGGGUGGUCAGUCCGGGACCGGUAACUUAACGAUAACAGUGUUUGCAGAAUCAAAGAUGACUCAACUUAUUUCCUCUUUUCUUUUUCAGAUUAAGGAACUCAUUAGCAAAAUGUUAACACCCCAAGUGAAGGAACGGGUCACCUUGACUGAAGCAAUGAAUCACCCUUGGUUCCAUAAUCAAUGA